GAAACAACGUCACACAUUUAUACGCCUUGUUUACUAACGGCGGCUAAAUUGUGAUCAUCGGAGAUGUAAAAUUAAAAUUUCUGUGUGGAUAAAUCUGUUUAAUGAAAGGAUUAGUGUCCAUAUAAAUAGUGAUGGCUGAUCCCGCGGUGUCGUCGGGAGCUUCGCUGAAUGCAGGAGCGCGUGGGACUGGUGGUAAAGCAGCAUCCAGUCCUGCAGAAAACUACCAUCUGGCCAGGCGCCGCACCCUGCAGGUUGUUGUCAGUGCCCUGCUGACCGAGUGUGGCUUCGAGAGUGCAGAGAAAGCAGCGGUGGAGACGCUCACAGAAAUGAUGCAGAGCUAUGUAACUGAAAUAGGUCGCUGUGCCAAAGCCUAUUGUGAGCACACAGCCAGAAGUAUUCCAACCCUGUCUGAUACAGUGGUCACACUCAUCGAAAUGGGUUUUAAUGUCGAAACACUGCCUGUGUAUGCAAAAAGGUCUCAGAGGAUGGUUAUAACUGCCCGUAAGUAUUGA